UCAUCAUGUGCCCUUAAGUAGUAACAUGUCAGAUCUCUGGUGUUGAGUUAUCGAUUGGCAAAAACAUGAACUUGCACGUUAGAUACAUAUUCAUCUAAACAUCUACACCAAGCAUCUUUAUAUUCGAACACUGCUUAUAUCGAGAGAAUACUACCCGGUUAGAACACUGUUCAUAAUUAGACAUACUAUAGCAACAAUUUUAGUUUGAGGUUUAUAAUCCCAUAUUUAUUGUUUGUCAUUGUUUGAAAUAAAGUUCUUCGAUUGACAACCCUAGAUCUCAUCUCAUUACCCACAUCCCACAUGGGUAUUACCCACCUUCAUCACAAAAUACAACUAAUUAAGAAAAAAAUGCACUAUCAAACAUUAUUUCAAACAUAUUUGAUCCAGUAACACGUCGAAUAACAAAUCGGUCAUUAAUCCCCGCCAGUUGGGAUAAGCCAAAUUUUUUGCAAAACUAAGUUCAUUAAUCUUGACCAUUAACAAUUCACCAUACAAAACUAAAAAAAAAUAGAAAACUAAAACAAACAAAUGGUCAAAAUGGAAACAAUUAUUGUGCACUUACCAAAUGUUGCACUAAAGAGAAGAACAAGGGAUCCAUUGGUUUCUCCCUCUCAUCCAUUUCAAAAAUAAAAUAAAAAUUCUCCCUCUCCAACAGCUCUUUUCCCUCUCCUUCACACAAACAAAAACACAAACCAAACACCAAAAAAAGAAACAAAAAUUUGAAACACAUUUCAAAUUAAUACAAACAAUUUCCCUUCCUUUCUCCCCUUUUCCUCUCCCUCCCCCCCAAAAAAUGACGACGAAAACAUCACCAUCAACCUAAGGCGACGAAAAACUCAAAUGAAACCAUCGCUCACAAACCGUCACUAAAAAGCGUCGCUAAAAGAAACAAUGAGCAAAGACAGCGGUGUUUUCAAGGCAUGGGAAGCCACGAUCCGAAAGACCCAGGCGGCCAAGAAGCGCGCCAACAGCAUCUUCGGCAUCACCUUGGCCCACCUCCCCGACGAAGACCACGCCGCCGCCGCCGCUGCCAGCAACGGCGACGAGGGCAGCAGCAGCAGCAGCGGCGGCGACGAGGGAGCCGGCAGCGGGAGCAGCACGAACGGAGGAGGAGGGACGGAAUGUUACUACGCGGAGAAGGUGCUGCCGAACGGCGACUACUACUCCGGCCAGUGGUACGACAAUUUCCCCAACGGCCGGGGGAAGUAUCUGUGGACCGACGGUUGCAUGUACGUCGGCGAGUGGUAUAAGGGGAAGACGAUGGGCCGGGGCCGGUUCAGCUGGCCGUCGGGGGCGACGUAUGAAGGGGAGUUCAAGAGCGGGUAUAUGGACGGGACGGGGACGUAUUCGGCGGCGAAUGGGGAUAUUUAUCGUGGGCAGUGGGUCAUGAAUCUCAAGCAUGGGCAUGGGAUCAAGCAUUUUGCUAAUGGAGAUUGGUACGAAGGGGAUUGGCGACGAGGGUUGCAAGAAGGGCAAGGCAAGUACCAAUGGAAGACCACCAGCAACUACUACGUCGGCGAGUGGAAGAACGGCAACAUCUGCGGCAAAGGCACAUUCAUGUGGGAGAACGGCAACCGCUUCGACGGCCAGUGGGACGACGGCGUCCCCAAGGGCAACGGCACCUUCACCUUCCCUGACGGCAGCUUCUACGUCGGCAACUGGAGCAAAGACCCCACCGAGCAGAACGGCAGCUACUACCCUUCCACGUCGCCCUCCGCGGCGGCGGCGGCCCACUCCGGCAGCCAGCUGGAGUGGGACCCGCAGGACGUGUACAACGUCUACCUCGCCGACGCCCAGGUCUGCCCCUGCGAGAAGGUCUCCGUCCUGCCGUCGCAGAAGAAGCUGGCGGUGUGGAACUCGUCGAAGAACAGCGAGAAGGCCCGCCGGCUGUCUGUCGACGGCAGGGUCAGCGUCGGGAACGAGAGGGCGUUCGAGAGGAUGAACAUGUGGGACGGCGACGACCAGGGGGCGUCGUCUGCGGCCGCCGGCGAUGCGAGGAGGGAUAUGGAGGCGGAGUUGUUGGGUAUGGGUAUGGAUAUGGAGGAAUGCAAUUUCGCCGCCAGUCUUAAUAAGAUGCUGCCCAUGAGAGUACCCAAAGCUUCUAAGCGGCAGGGAGAUCCCAUUUGUAAAGGGCACAAGAAUUACGAGCUCAUGCUCAAUCUACAGCUGGGAAUCAGGCAUUCAGUGGGGAGACCAGGUCCAGCACCAUCCUUGGAUCUAAAGGCAUCAGCUUUCGACCCAAAAGAGAAGGUAUGGACAAGGUUCCCUCCAGAAGGAAGCAAGCACACCCCUCCACACAAUUGUUCAGAGUUCAAAUGGAAAGACUACUGCCCCUUAGUUUUCAGGUCACUAAGGAAGCUGUUCAAGGUCGACGCAGCUGACUACAUGUUAUCGAUUUGUGGGGAUAAUGCUCUUCGCGAGCUCUCGUCUCCCGGGAAGAGUGGGAGCUUCUUCUACCUGACUCACGAUGAUCGCUACAUGAUCAAGACAAUGAAGAAAGCAGAAGUGAAAGUGCUUAUCAGGAUGCUUGCUGCCUAUUACAACCAUGUCAGAUCCUUCGAUAACACCUUGGUCAUAAGGUUUUAUGGCCUUCACUGCGUCAAGUUAACUGGACCGGCACAGAGGAAGGUGCGGUUCAUAAUCAUGGGGAACCUAUUUGUUUCGGAGUAUGCAAUCCACAGACGAUUCGACCUGAAGGGUUCUUCGUUGGGUCGGAUCACGGACAAGCCAGAGUCCGAGAUCGAUGCCAACACCAUUCUCAAAGACCUGGACCUCAACUUCAUUUUCAAGCUACAGAAAGCUUGGUUCCAAGAGUUCUGCAGGCAAGUAGAUAGAGAUUGCGAGCUUCUUGAGCAGGAGAGGAUUAUGGACUACAGUCUACUAGUUGGUAUCCACUUCAGAGACGUAGCAUCUAAUCGAGAAAUAAUUCCAACCAAGGCUGAAACCCCUUCUGUCGCAGAUGAGGUUGAAAGAGAAGAAGGUCCUCGACUUUCUAGAGCAGACAUGGAUCAACUUGUAUUAGACCCAACCAAAUGGGCACGAAUCAGGCUGGGAAUGAACAUGCCAGCCAGAGUCGAAAGAACAGUGAGAAGAAACGAUUGUGAGCUUCAACUGGUUGGAGAGCCAACCGGGGAGUUCUACGACGUCAUAAUGACGUUCGGAAUCAUCGACAUACUUCAAGACUACGACAUUAGCAAGAAGCUGGAGCAUGCAUACAAGUCGAUCCAGUACGACCCUACAUCGAUCUCAGCCGUGGAUCCUAAGCAGUACUCCAGGAGAUUCAGAGACUUCAUUUUCAGAAUUUUUGCUGAAGAUUCUUAGUUUAAGUAAAAGAAGAAAAUCUUUUUUUAACACAACCACCCCCUCCUGCAGGCUCUAACAAGAAGCUUGGUCUCAUCGGGAGGGAACAUUUUCAAAGUUCAAAUUUUAUGAUCGUUUUUGGUUCCUAUAAUCUUCAAAUUUACAUAAAUUUGACCUCAAAUUGGUAAAAGUAGAGACUGAGAGAGAGAGAUCACCCAAUUUUUUUGAAUAUGGUAUAGUUAUGCACAUAAAACAUACAAGGUUAUAGAUGAGGAUUGUUGUGACUUUGGGGGGUGUUGUAUGUACCAUUUUUCCCCAAGCCUCUACCAUAUAAAUUGUAGAACACUUG